AUUGCCCAUGAUUACGAAUAAUUGAGAGGAUCAUUUAUGGUUACUGAAAUUAUACAUACUGACAUUCCUGGGAAGUUAUAUUUGUAAUAGUCAAUUUUGUACAGCAAGUUGGUUAUUUUAAGUUAUAUUUUUAUCAGUUUUUGAUGUUUACUUCACGCUAGUGUAAAUAUAUGAAUACACACAUUCGUGACAUAUUUAUUUACUGAUAAAACAUUAUCGGCCUUCAUAUUGGAUAAAUUUAAACAACAGAAAAAUGGCAGAGGAAGAAGCGGUUCCUGCUGAUAAAGAUGUGAUAGCCAAGUGUACAUGUAAGAUUAAAACUACAGAUUAUGAUGUCCGUCUAACAGAUGCUGAAUUUAGGUGGCAUAUAGCAGGCAACAAACAGAUGAAGGGACUUCAAGUCGUCAGAGUAGUUGACAUUUUAGCUGUAACUCUGGGCAACUCCACAAAAACAGAAAUCGACAAGAACGGUGUAAGCGUUUCGUAUGUGAAACAAGGAAAAAAGUUAAUUUUGAAAUUAUGUUGUGUUACAUUCACAUCAGGCGAUUCACAAAUUGUCUCAAACUUAUAUCAACAGAUAUCGACCUUAAUCAGGAAAAUUGAACAGAGACCUCGGAAGUUAUUAGUGUUGAUUAAUCCAGUCAGUGGAAGAAGUAAAGGUAGAUCUACAUAUGAACAAAAGGUGGCACCUAUCUUCAAAGAAGCUGGAAUUGAGACAGAUGUUAUUGUGACACAAAGAGCUCAUCAUACGGAGGAAAUAUUAUCAACCUAUGAUCUCAACUCCAUCAACGGAUUGGUGUUGGUAGGUGGGGACGGGUUAUACCAAGAAUGUGUAAAUGGUCUAAUGAGACGCCUAGCAACAGAACAAAAUGUUAAUAUUGAUGAUCCUGAUGAAAAUGUACCGGUCAUUUAUAUCCCUAUUGGAGUGAUACCAUGUGGUACCGGAAAUGGAAUAGCAUUAGGCUGUUAUGGUAAUUGUGAUGUUAUAACAGCAGCUUUGGCAAUUGCAAUAGGCUAUGAGUCCCCGGCCAAUAUCAUGUCAGUUCAUAGUGAUGACAAGUUGCUGACUUAUAGCGUCUUGAUGACAGGAUAUGGACUUUGGGGUGAUAUAAUUAAUUCAGCUGAAUCAAGAAGAAACCAAGGAGUGUUUAGAUAUGCAAUUGCUUUUGCCGAGUAUGCGUUUAUAAAAAACCAGCGAAGAUUGCAGUUGUCGAUACAGCAUUACAGCGGAGAAUCUCUAAGGCAAGUAAAAAACAAAACACAAACUACGGAGGCUGGCUCUUAUUUAAAUGAAACAACUAUGGAAAAUAAUACAGGGACGGAAACAGACGUUUGGACAAAUAGUACAAAUUGUGCUCCAACAACAACAACAGAAAGUGUAGUCGGGACUGUAAUAUUUGUUUCCUCGCCUAUACAUGCAUUUUCAACGACCACAAAGCCAGAUUUGUCAAGGGUCACCAUGUAUAUGAAUAAGUCCUCACAUAGAACGAAGUUUAUGAGCUUUUUAUUUCAACUGAUGACUACUAAUUUCAAUGCGCUUGAUUCAAGAGAUGAUAUCACGACAUUGCAUGGCCAAGAGUGGAAGAUAAAGCUUGAAAAUCCAAGUCUACCUGAAACUGAAAAUUCAAUACUUGAACAUAUUAUCAAUAUUGAUGGCGAGGUUUUCCGAUUGUCUAAACUAGAAUUUCAUACGAAGUUGUUAACAGACAGGAUAAAAUUGUUCAGCAAUAUGCCAUAUUUUACAAAAAGAUGAAUGAAAGGAAGCUAUCAAGUUAAUAUGUUUCUGCAUACGCACAAUUAUGUGAAUAAGUGCUGUAAUCAGUUUAAUUACAAUAACAAUGUGUUUGAAAUGUACUUUGGUUAUAUUUUAAUGAUAUGAUUCUUUGUGUAAUAUACGAGUAAGCAUGA